UUUGUGAGUUUUUCCAUACAACCUAACCAGAUGAUUUGGAGAGGUUUAUGCUAGUGAGGUGGCCUGCAGACAUGAGGAGAACCUCUUUGUUACUUGCCCUGUUGGCCUUUCUUCCUGCACUGUUCCACUGUAGCCCACUAUUCGUACUGACUGCCCCAAAUCUUCUGCGAGUCGGAAAUGAAGAAAAUGUAGUUGUGGAAGGCUACCACAGCAGCCAAGACUUAAAUGUUGAAAUUCGUUUAUCAUUUUUCACUAAAAGUUACAUAAUUUUUAGAACUGAAAGCCGAUUAUCAUCAACUAAUAAUUACCUGAUUUCAGUACCAGUUCAGAUACCUAGGGAAAAAAUUAGACAAGAAUCUGUCUUGCCCCAGUAUGUGCUGUUGGAAGCACAAUCAUCAGUAUUUCACUUGGAGCGAGUCAUCCUUAUUUCAUAUCAAUUAGGACACAUAUUUAUCCAGACUGAUAAACCAAUCUACACACCAACUCACACUGUUAAUUACCGUUUGCUUACUGUGGACAAUGAAAUGAAACCUACAAGAACAGGCACCCUGGUUGAUUUUGUGAAUCCACAAGGUGUUAUUGUGCAGAGGACUCAAGCAACAGGCAGAACUUCUGGCAUAAUCGGACUCACCUUUCCAAUUCCUAAGAUUGCAAAUAUUGGAAUGUGGAAGAUUGUUGUGAGCUACUCAGAGGCCAGCCACGUAAACUACACCACUGAAUUUGAAGUUAAGGAAUAUGUGUUACCAAGUUUUGAAGUUGCCCUGGAGUCAAAAAAAAAGUUUUUUUAUGUUGACGAUACGAAAUUGGAUGUUUCAAUCAUUGCAAGAUUCACUUAUGGAAAGCCUGUUGAGGGUCGUGCAUUUGUUAUGUUUGGAAUAAUGAAGGAUGGUGAAAGGAUAGGCAUUCCAUCAUCACUUCAAUCAGUCGCUAUUACAGAUGGCCGAGGAGCUGCUUCCCUGACGAGUGAAGAUUUGAGUGCCAGUUUUCCCAACAUUUAUGAACUUGUGGGAUACUCAAUCUAUAUUGCUGUUAGUGUCAUAACACAUUCAGGUAGUGACAUGGUCGAAGCAGAAAAAACAGGAAUAAAAAUAGUCACCUCCCCGUACACCAUAUCAUUCACCAAGACUUCCAAGUAUUACAAGCCUGGAAUGCCAUUUGAUUUAGUGGUCCAAGUAACAAAUCCUGAUGGUUCACCAGCCAAUGGAAUCCCAGUGAUGACCAGGGAUGGAAAGUACAAUUCCAGGACAGAAGCUAACGGUCAUGCCAGGCUGUCAGUAAACACAGGUGGACAAGCCAGCAACCUACCAAUAGAAAUUGUAACAAACGUUGCCAACAUCCCCAAAGACCGUCAGGCCUCUGCAAGUAUGGUGGCACAACCAUAUAGGACGCAGUAUGAUUCAAAGAACUACUUACAUAUCAGCAUUCAACAAACAGAGCUUGAUCCCGGAAAAGAUCUGCCAAUUCAACUCAAUCUCCGAAAUGAUGAUGCUGCAACCCAGAACCAGAUAAAGUACUUCACUUACAUGAUAAUAAGCAAAGGCAAAAUAGUGAAAGUUGGACAGCAACCAAGACAGAAAGAUCAAAUCAUAACGAUUAUGAAAAUUCUAAUCACCCCCGAUCUAAUUCCAUCCUUCAGACUGCUAGUCUAUUACUAUUUGUCAAAGGGAUUAGCAACAGAAAUGGUUGCAGAUUCUGUAUGGGUUGAUGUGAAAGACACGUGCAUGGGAACACUAAUCGUGUCUAAUGCAAAUGAGGAAGAAGAAAAUAAGAUUUACAAACCUCGCAAUCAGUUUAGACUGAAAAUCACAGGCGACUCUGGGGCAAUUGUCGGCUUAGGUGCUGUAGAUAAAGCUGUGUUCGUAUUGAAUAAGAAACAUAAGCUAACACAGAGUAAGAUCUGGGACAUUGUCGAGAAGAAUGACAUUGGAUGCACGCCUGGAAGUGGCAGUGAUGUUCUUGGCGUUUUCACAGAUGCGGGACUGACAAUUAUAACAAGCAGUGACCUCAAGACACCUACAAGGACAGAGCUGAAGUGCCAACAGUCAAUGAAACGUAAACGCCGUUCAACGAGAUUAAUGGACGCUAAAGCGGCUAAAUUACAACAGUACAAUUCCCAAACACAGAGGACAUGCUGUCAAGAUGGAAUGAAACCAAAUCCCAUGGGAUUUUCGUGUGACAAGAGAGCUAAGAGAAUAACACUGAGUGAAGAGUGUAAAGCUGUCUUCCUAGAUUGCUGUAACCGCAUCCAAGCGUUUAAGGAUCUACAGAGAAGAAGUCAAUUGACUUUAGCAAGAAGUGAUGACGAUGACUACUAUUCUCCCUAUGAGGAGAUAAUAGCAAGAACUGAUUUCCCAGAAACCUGGCUCUGGAUACAGAGGACUCUGCCCACAAAUGACCAAACAGGAGUUGAUUCACUGAUUGUACCUGGUAUCCUUAAGGAUUCGAUCACUACUUGGGAAAUACAAGCUGUCAGUGUGUCUCCAACGAAGGGAAUAUGUGUUGCUGAACCUUAUAAUCUGGUAGUGCAGAAGGAAUUUUUCAUUGACCUUCGACUCCCAUACUCUGUUGUUCGCAAUGAACAGGUGGAAAUUCGAGCAAUCCUGUACAAUUAUGGUACAGAGGUCAUUAAGGUGCGCGUGGAAUUUCCAUAUAAUGAAAAGUUCUGUAGUUCUGCAAAAUCGUCGCAGAGAUUCAGGCAAUAUGUUGAUAUCCCUGCAAAAGGGUCAACAGCUAUACCUUACAUCAUAGUUCCAUUGGAAAUUGGGCAAAUCAAUGUUGAAGUCAAAGCCUCAGUCUAUGACAAACUUGUUACUGAUGGUGUGAACAAACCCCUCCGUGUGCUGCCCGACGGGAAAGAAAUUGAUUUGCCGUUGCGAAGUUAUGAGUUGGAUCCUCAAGGUGGAGAACAAAAUCUUGAGGUUGAUAUCAAGUCUCCAAGUGACAUUCUUCUAAAAACAGAGCUUAACACAUUCAUCAGUGUCCAAGGAGACAUUUUAGCCCAAACAAUUGAAAAUUCCAUUGAUGGAGCCAAGCUGAGGCAUCUAAUUAGUGUUCCUGGUGGCUGUGGAGAGCAGAACAUGAAAAAUUUAACCCCAGGAGUGCUGGUCACCAAAUUUCUGGACAAAACGAUGCAAUGGGAUAGAGUGGGAAUUGACAAACGAGGGACUUCAUUGAAUUACAUUAGACAAGGUUAUACUCAGCAACUCGCAUAUCGCAAAGCUGAUGGUUCCUAUGCAGCAUUUCUGACUCAGCCAUCUAGCACAUGGCUGACUGCAUAUGUGCUGAAAGUGUUUGCGAUGUCGAACAAUUUGAUCACAAUUGAUGCAAGACAUGUUUGUGAGGCUGCUAAGUGGCUGAUAUACAAUAAACAGCUCCUCGACGGUCACUUCAAAGAAGAUGCUCCUGUUUUGUAUUUAAAAACCAUGACUGGGGAACUUGGUGGAUCUGAAAAUGAUGCUUCCUUAACUGCGUUUGUGCUCAUUGCAAUGUUUGAGGCUGAUAUUAUUUGUUCACCUUUUGUCGAGAAUUAUAAAGACAGUAUCACAAAAGCAGCAGAAUACCUGAAAAACCGCAUUGAUAAUCUGAAGAGGGCAUAUUCUGUGGCAAUAACAGCCUAUGCACUCUCAUUAUUGAAAAUCAACAAACUGAACACCCUGAUGAAAUUUGCUUCAGGAGACCAAUCAUACUGGACUGAUACCGGUGAAGACAACUCUUUCUACACAGUUGAGACUACAGGAUAUUCCCUUCUCACUCUUGUGCACUUGAAGGAAUUUGACAAAGCCGGCAAAUUAGUGAAAUGGUUGUCUCAAAGGAGCAAGUUUGAAGGUGGCUACAGAAGCACACAGGUGACAAUGGUUGUUUUACAAGCUCUGACUGAUUACCAGGCAAAUAUCCCUCAAGAGAAGGAAAUUGAUUUGGAUGUUGUCGUAAACAUUCCUGGCCGGGCACUUCCUGUUCCAUGGCAUUUUAGCUCAGCAAAUAGAUAUAUCACCAAAACAGAAGAGAUGAAGAACAUUGGGAAGUUUACAGUGAAAGCGAAAGGAAAAGGUCAAGGAACGUUGAAGGUUUUAACUCGUUACUAUGCUCAAUUAUCGAAGGUAGCCAAAGAAUGCAAGAACUUUGAUUUACGCGUUACUGUGGAAGAGGUGCCUCAAACAAAGCGACCCCAGCAUGCUCUGAAUUCUCUGGCAAUAAAUAUCUAUACACGAUUUCUUGGUGUCUCCGAUUCCACAAUGGCCAUUAUAGACAUUUCCAUGCUGACAGGAUUUACUCCAGAUGUGGAAGAUCUUAAUUCGCUACAGAAUGGAGUUGACAGAUAUAUAUCGAGUUACGAGCUGGACAAGUCAUUAUCAGCACAAGGAUCUCUGAUCAUUUAUCUGAAUUCGGUUUCACACACAGAAGACACUCAGUUGGGAUUCAAAGUACAUCAGUUCUACAGAGUUGGACUUAUUCAACCAGCUUCUGUCAAAGUUUAUGAAUACUAUAAUGAUGAGAAUAGUUGCAGUAAAUUCUACAAUGUCAAUGAAAGCAGUGCCAUGCUGAGCAAAAUCUGUGAAGGUGACGUUUGCAAAUGUGUAGAAGGAAGUUGUUUAUCAGUUAAAAUGCCGACACAUCGAGUCAGUUACAGAGACCGUAGUGAAAAAUCAUGUCAACAUGAGAUCGAUUAUGUUUACAAAGUAAGAUUCCACAAAAAGGAAAAGAGAGACAAUUACAUAAACUACGAAAUUACAGUUUUGAUUGUGAUAAAACAAGGCACUGAUGACGUUGUGGCCGAACAAGAUAGAGAGCUAAUCACUCACGCCAAUUGUGAGGAAAUAUUUAAUGUGGAAUUGGAAAAAGACUAUCUACUGAUGGGACAAUUAUCAGAUUUGUGGAAAGAUGGUACAAAGGUACGUUAUGUGGUUGGACAUGGAUCGUGGAUAGAAUGGUGGCCAAAUAAUGGUCAGUGCCAAAAUCGACAAAAUGCUCGACUCUGUCAGGACCUAGAGGAAUUCCGUGAAACUUUAAUGGUUAACGGCUGUGACUAUUAAUUUUUUUUAAAUGAUGGUUGUAACAAAUAUUGUUUGCAUCUGGUCAUCCAGAAUAAAUCAAGCCUUCUACUCACAUAUCAAAUGACGUGGAAAUAGAUUCAGUUCAAGUUAUGCAAAAUAUUACAGGGGCAAUAUACAGCCAGAUAGCUUGCUGUAAAACCUGACCCUGUGACAUUUGAUGAAAUAAAGGACACAGAAAUUGAAUUGCAAA